CCAUCUCUUAUGCUUGGUACGUUUGGAUCCGAGACCAUGGCUUGUGGAUGUACUAUCUGUUUGCCAAUAUCUCGUCAGCCUACCUUGCGAUGGCGGUGACUGCUCUACAUUGCUCUUAUUGUACCUGCUAUAGGGCACGUCUAUUGCUCCCGCUGCGUAUCGGACCACACUUCGAAAACUACAGCAGAUGGAUUUACGGCUCUGUGUCCGGCAUGCAGGAAAUCGUUUCACAUAGGUCAGUCACUAUAGCCAUUCAUCGUGUCUCAUGGUCGUAGGCGGUGCUCUCGUCACUCCAUCGCUGCAGAGUCUAGCUCCGCAAUUUCAUCGAUAUAUCAUGC